AUGGAUGACGAUGAUCCGAAUGUGCGGGAGGCCGCUGAGGUCUUCAUUUUUAUGCACAGGUUCGUACUUUCCUAUGAUUCAUAUACUAUAAAUUCGAAUGAAUACUGAAAUGCGUUUGAUAAAUGGUUUGUCCUGUUUUCGCGAUUAAGUCAACAUGGUUCAGAAUCUUCCGCGCGUCCCGUAAUCUCCGUGCUCACUGGUUCAUUGAUCACCUCGGCAAGCCGGUGGGAAUUCAAAAAGUGCCGCAGUCAUGGGAUCCGCCGCCCGACAAAGACGACGAGUACGCGGAAGAGAUGACCGUCGUCGGAGUGAUCCCUAUCGGCGGAGAUGGCACUGAAGUUGUGGGCGACGAAAAGUUCCGGGUUACCACCAACACGAAAUGCACUUACAUAGCCAGAUAUUACCGAAUCGUCUACGUGCUUGAUUUGAGUCCGUCGAUCGUUGUGGCGGUAAGCACAAAGAACUGGAUCUUGAAAUGCGCUCUCUUUUUUAGGACGACGAAUCGAACUGCUGUCUGGUAGAUCGGGUCAUUCCGAGCCUCCGUAAUUCGCUCAGUUCCUCCGUCAAACCUUUCAUUAUUCCCGGUACAACUGAGCUUUUCAAGCCGCAGGUGUUCACUUCCGUCAGUCUUUUCAUUCCGUUCACAAAGUUCGAGGACAGUAUGGUGAGAAACUCACUUGUAGACUUUAGACUCAAUAAAACAAAUUAUUUCAGACUCUGUGCCAAGGAGUUCUGAUCACCGAAUCGAACGUGGAUAUGAUUCUCGAAUCUGUCGAAACCAAGUUCGUCGGCAUCUUCAAACGCCUCUUCUCGUUCUCCCGUCCGAUUCUGGAGCAAUGGGGAAAACUGAAACGACGGCACAAGCACAUGAAGUUCGAUUCUCUUUGUGAGAGCGAAUCAGCGAGCGAUGAAAAUCUGAGAGCGAGUGAUUCGUCAGACAAAAAGGAGCCGGAAGUGAAGAUCGACGCCAAGUACAUCCCAGAUAAGGAUGAAGAAGAAGAGGAAGAGGACAACAACAUCAUGUCUAUGCAAAGGGGAAUCUGGACGGCGACGGAGCGGCACGAGGACAAGCAACUACCUUUUGCAAGCGGAAAAAGUUACAUUUCGCCCGAGUGGUCGCUCAUAAACAUGCUCCGAAUGGGUCUUCUCAACAUUCAGAUGCUUCCGGAAAACACACAAUCCAGUAAAUUCCCUCCACUCUGUGUACUCCUCUGAUUUCCUUCUAUUCCAGAUCUCGUGAUUAUCUCCGAUUCGGUGUGCGGAAUACCGGACGAAGAUGCCCUUCAGAAGGUUCUGACUCAACUCCGCAGUUACACCGUCGCAUUCACAUUCAUCCAGCUGCAGAAGAGAGCGUGCACGGAGCCAGUGUUCGGACACGUCGGCUCUUGCUCUCUCUUCCAAUUCAUGACGUUGGCCACGUUCGGAACUUACCUGCCGCGCCGGAAGCCUCGUCCUCCGAAGCCGGUUCUCGAAUUCUACCGUGCUCCCGAUGGACAGCUGCAUUGCAAACGAACUGUCGAUCACGAUGACCUUAUAGACCCGUGCGACGAGAAUAUCAAUCCAUUCCAUCGAGCACUCAUCUGCUGGUCGUUCCAGAAUGCGCUGGUUGACAAUGAUUAUUUGUUGGACACGUUCGCCCAGAUCAAUCGAGACUUUUUGGAGCUACAGCAGAGCCACGUGGAUCGCCAUCGUCGAUUCAUGGCAACCUACGAAGCGACGUUAAUCGGAUGAUGUACGUACGUCUGCGAGAAGGAUUCACUCUCAAAUCCAGUCAGUUUCCAUUCUGUUGUACUUCACUCGUCAUUUCGCAUUUCAGCUGUCUUCGUGAAGAACAACAAACAAGUGAUUCUGACGCUCCGUCUCGCAUUCCGUCCUCUCGUCUUCCUCGAUUACAUCAUCACCUCGCAAUGGCCAGUCAAUAAGAACGUUCAUCAAUUGGUAAAUGUGGAAUUGGUGCUCGAGGCUCCAUACAACGAGCUCAAGGAUCUUCUGACGGAGAGCGAAUACGUGAAUCCGAUCAGAAUGAAUUUGAUCAAGUCUGUCAUCGACGGCAUCAUCGACGCCGACCGUCUCCUUCUGCACAUCCACGCGUUCGACACCAAGUCCGCCUUUUUCACGAUUCCGGCAGGAGUCACCAAAGAGCACGCUCUUUUCCGGCAGGGAGACUACUCCAAACAGACGCUUCCGCAGCUUUGCAUUGUGUAAGACAUCGUCUCCGUUGCUUCCCUUUUCUAUUUCUGCAAUUUCAGGCGUGAAGACGGAUUGAGAACGCGCGGAUUUGUCAAUUUCUGGAAGAAAAUGCUGCGCGUCGAUGACAGCAACUGGCAGAAAUGGGUGCACACGCAGACGGAGCGGAUAAUUCUCAACUUGAUUCACUCGCCUUUCGACAUGUUCACCACCAAGAGAGUGCUGAGAUUUGACUCGCGUUACGCGAUGAAUGCCGUUCUGUAUUCUGUGAAAGUGCGCGCUUCGUUCUGUCUUGUCGAGAAUCAGACGUAUGUUACACUGAUAUACGUAGAUCAAUCGGCCCGAAAACCUAAGUACUUCUUCAUCCGAAAAGUGACUUGCGAAGGACAAGUGGCCGUGAUCAAGACGGCGUUCCUCGGAGGAGUCCCCUCGAUAUCCAGAAGAAAAGCAGUGGAGGCGCAGAGACAACGACUGAUCAACGUGACUUACGGAACAAUUCUGGACGAGUCUGAGCUGAGGAAAGAAGCCAGACGAUACAACUACGAACCGGACGCUGAUAAAGUUUUCAUGGAUCCCGUUAAGAUUUUUGAAAAACGAUACCAUGCGGCAUGUGCUGUGUUCAGACGGCCUCUGGAAAGAAUCAUCAUCAAGUACUCGCACGUUCCGAGGGAUCUGACGUCCAUUGUUAGAGCGGAUGAAACACACAGAGACGACGAGGACGAAAUUACGUUGAUCACCAUUCACAACGCACUCGCGAAGACUCUUGCGUGUCGUCGGAGCAUCAUAAUCUUGAAUAGAUUCGAAGAAGGAGGGGCUCAAGUCAUCCGUUUGCUCGCCGAUUUUUGUCAGAACGUGAUUAUGUACAAGCGACUCAACAAGGAAGGUUAUCGUCCCGCGUGGACAGAGAACAAUGCGGUGUCUGUGGUUCGGCAAGUCUUCGAUGGCUCAGGAUGUUCUCUCGAGCAGUUUAUCAUGUUCCCAACCAUCGCGAUUCUGCCGGAUUUUCGUGGAAGACCGAUUCUGAAACGAAAGUGCACAAGAGAUGACAUGGAUCUGACCGGAAAGAAUAGGAUGCCGUUGAAAACUUCGACAGACGCCCUCGCGAUUGUGAGCGAAAUGUGGAAUGAGCCGGAAGGAGGAAAAGCGACAGACCAGCUCGCGAACAUGAGUGCGGAGCAGCGGCUCCACGAGGACCUCCGCUUCAUUUCGGUGCUGUUCACUCUUGACAGAAUCAUUCGUUCGAGUGGACAAUGCACUGAAGAAGCAGCCCAGCAGAAGCUGGUGACUCAGGCAGACGUGAAAAAUCAAAUGUUCCCCUACGAAGACCGAUGCAAAUGCACCAAUAUUUACGAACUGACCGGGAUUCCGAGACCUACUCCAGUGUCAAUUGACGAGAAAUUGCGACAGAAGAAGAUGAAACCGAAGAGCCACAGAAGGACGGAAAAGCUGAAGACGUCUGAUGAUCUGGCAGCUCGUGACGCCUACUUCAUGAAUGGACCGAAGAUUGUUCCGAAACCUCCAACUCCCGGAAUUUUCCCGAUUCGAUUUGUUCCGCGAAAACCGGAGGGAGAAGAAGAACUGCUUGGAGAACUCGACGAUCCGUUCCCGUAUGUUCCGGAAGCAACAGUGUACGAGGAGCAGGAUCCAGUGCCAACCAUCACGGACAUUCAUGCGGACGCCGUUUCCAAGUUUGUCACCGCCUACAGCAACUUGUUCAGUCUGACCAACCUGGUGUUCCACGCUGCGAGAAAGUAUCUGCCACUCCCGCAUUUCGUUCUCGGAGUAAACGAAGACGACAAGCCACGUUGCAAUGCUCUUCAGCUCAAUGCCCUUCAUUGUCAACUCAGCGAGUUUUGCGAUUUGACGUGGAUGGUCGAUCAGACGGAGAACGACGUUGUGUUCGCCGAUUUGGUGAAGGCUCUGCCGGAGGAGGAACGGCCGGCCACCGCGCAUCUUCGUGUUUAUGUGAAAGCGCUCACUGCUCGACUGAUCGCUCUGAUCUUCGUACCCGCAAUCGAACCAUUCAACAUCGACGCGGAAGAAAUUCCGAUGUUCAUUCAAACAGUGCACGAAGCCCAAAUCGCUCACUGUUACGCUUUUGACGGAUUCGAUAAGAACGGCAUCGUCAAUAUUCCAAUGACAGAAGUUCGUGAGCAAUGGGAUUCCGGGGCGAGAUUCGGAUGGACACCCAACAACCGGAAUGUGUUCCCUGACGAGGCAACCAACUUUUCUGGUUUUGUUCGUCACUUCGAGGAAGAAAUUCUUCCCCGCAUUCGAAUUAGAUCAAUGUACGAAGCGGCACAACAGAGGAUUCCACUCAACGAGCUCAGCCUGAUCGACAUGUCGUCUGAUGUUGAGUGCCUGGAGAUCGAACUGACAGCCAUUCCAUCGGCGCUGCGGAACGUGUGUCAGCAUCUGCAAAACAGACAUAAUGUCCCUGCGAAGGAAAAGAUCUGCUGCAAAGGAUCGAACAUCGAGCACAUGUUCAACAAGAUGAUCAACAAGAACUUCAAACGAGUGGAGGGCACUGAGAACAUGUUCUACCUGAAUCCAGAAACGAUGGUCGAGCCGAUUGAGAAAAAGAAAAGCAAAAAGAAGAAGUCUCCAACACAAACAAGCCCUGGAAUGAUGUACGUGGAGGGAGAAGAUUCGAGUUCGCAGCCUCUAGAGAGAUCAGCCGACGGAAGUGUGAACGAGGUCAAGUCUGAGAGUGAAAGCGAAUCGGAAGCGGAAUCUGUUGCCAACUCCGAUCAUGACGCACCGGUUGAGGAAGCGAUUAGUGAGCCGGACAUUCAACCGAGAUCUCGAUGCAGCAGUCUGAAUCUACAAGAUGGAGAGCGUUUCGAAGAAUACGCUGGAAUCACACAGCCGAUGUUCAUGCACUUCAAUUGCACCGUCACAGUGGGCCUGCGGAUCUACUCGUUCCUGAUCAACUACCUUCCGACGUGCAUUCACGAAGUUCUCAGUCACAUUGACAAUCCGCCGACUGAACAGAAGGACAUACUUCGAGUGAAGAUCGUUCUGGAACUGUACAUCCUGACCACUCAACGCAUGAAUCUCAUGGUGAACAUCCGCAAGCUGAACACGAGACUGCUGACAAUGUCUAAAUGCCGACCUAAAAAUCCGUACGAGUUCGAAAGACAACGACGUGAAAGCUUCAGAAAAGAGGAUUAUGAUAUUUACAAGGACUCGGACGAUGAAGACGAAGAAAAGGCUGCAAGGGAGAGAAGGAGUGACGCCCUCGGUGAUCUGGAGCCGGAGGAGAGAAAAGUGAUGAGCGAUUUGAUAAAGAACGUGGGUGUGGUGCUGGAGUUGGAGAAGAUACUGAUGGAAGCGCGAUCGGAGAGUGUCACGAAGGAGCAAAUCAACAGAGUGAAGGGAUAUAUCGAGGUGGCUUGCAAGGCUACUGGAAAAGUGGGACACGCUGAGAACAGGUUCAAGCCAUUCUUGUUGGUCGACAAUUGCGACGAAAAACUGACCGAGUUCAUGACCAUGCUGGACGGAAGAGAGUGCGGAUAUUUGAAGCUGACCAGGCUGGAAGGCACCAACCUGUUCUACUGCCGAAACGUUCUCAAUCAGGACUUGUAUAUGUCUAUCAAGGAGGCGGAGAUGCGAGCGAAAGCAGAGAAGAAAGCCGAAAACGUUAUGGAGGAUGAGGAUCAGCCAGACAAAGAGAAGGACGAGGAAAUGGUGGUAGUCGAAGAACGAGAAGAAGAAGUGACUGCGUACAAAGAACCCUCUGACUUCUGGAUUAUUUUGACAGCUGACCGCGACAAAAAGACUAUCAAUUUGCAUUUCUGUCAACGAUACGAGAAUCAACACACAGAGAUGCUCGAACAACUAUGGGCGGGGAUCCGGCAGGAACUCCGUGUUCUCAACCAAGCAAGCCUUCUGGGCAUGCUCUAUUCUGAACGCAUCUGCGAUAAACUUCUCAUUGCGGAGCAUCAGGAGAUCACGCAGUUUGAAAAUGAAACUCUGGAAAAGAAGCAGAAUGCGCAGAAGGCGGGGUCUCCACCGGAAGAAGGAAAACCGAGAUGCCAGAGAGGAAUUUACGAUAAACUGCCUGACGACCUUUACUUCUACUUCAUAGAGGGAUAUUUCUCAUGCCCACUUCAGAAGGAAAUAUGGUCAGUUAUCCCGAAACCGCACUUAUCUAUACUGUUUUUACAGGUUCCCAAUCCCCGAUCGCAUUCUGAAUCAGAGCCGCAAACUCCACAAACACCCGUUGACCAUUGUCUUCGAGAAAAUGAAGCUGUCGUUGAUUUCGUACAGCAUCCAUAAUCGUCCAAACACUUUCGUUUACAGGUGAGUUGAAUAGGUCGAUAUCUAUUUUUCAUUUCUUACUUUCAGAGACGCCGAGCACGAUCAGAUAAUCUACUUCCAACUGCACAUGGACCGCGAAUCUUACACGACGGCAGUCAAAGGAGCGAAAACCCGACUUCGUAAGAAACAUCUGGAAAAGGUCGUCAAAAUGUUGGAGACGAAUGUUUGCAUGACGAUCUUCGGAAUAGCGGAACCACAGGAAAACGUCGUUCAACACUUCUGGAAGGUUCUGAACGAGAAGAUUGACGCUCUGCUGCUCGUGGAGAUAAUGAGAGGAUACUCGCAGAAUCUGGAGCAGCCACUCGUGGCCAGUGAGGUCGCCUUCCUUCAGCCGGCCGAUCAGCCCCCACAAAUCCGCUCGUUCUUCACCAUUCCCACCAUCUUCCACGAAUUCCUCUCCUCUCUUCUUUUCUAUGUCGGCCAACACAUCGAGGAGCUUCCGAAUAUUUCACCUGCGAAAAUCAAGGAGAACGGAUUGUUCUACAAUGGAGCUGCGUUCAUGAAGACACCAAUAACGCCGUGGGAAAUAAAAAGAAAGAAGACGGUGGAAAUAAGUGCUGGAGAAGAUGACGGAAUAGAUCAGGGAGUGGAAGUGCGGGAAGGCAGUAUGCGCGGAUUCUCGUUCGAUGGAUAUGAUGAGAAGGAGCCUGAUUUGAAGAAGCCGGUGGUCACGGACGCAUCGGAGCUGUUCCUAUCGCUCAAUCCGAUCGCUGGAACUCUUCCUUCGAACUACCCCCUUUCCUCCUUCUUCGUCUAUCACAUGCUUCCCGACCGCGGAGUCAUCCACACUGGAAUCGCACUCAUCGAGUUCCGGAUUGUGAAGCCAAACGGAGAGCUCUUCACUCACUUCGACCAGCCGAGCAUGAACGAACAGAGCCACAAGCUGCUCGUUCCGAAUGUGCUCGAUGAUAAGGCGACUGUCUACAAGGACAUCAUCAGGUCACAGCAGUGCGAAAAACCGAAGUGUCCGCCGGAGAAGACUAUCUGUGGAUAUCUGGAAAUGAUUGCGUGGACGAAAGGAGACGUGGUCGAGGAGUUGCUCGAAAAGUUAAUGCACGAACUGAUCGAAAUGAGCAUGUUUGACGUCAUAACCGAGUUUGGAUAUCUGAAUACGACGAUAGUGGAAGAAGGCGUACUCACUGGAACGGUGGCGGCCAACCGGAACUCUGAAGUGCUCUUUCAGGCGCCCGAAUCAGUAUCUUCUGAACCGAAACAACUGAAUAAACAAGGAUCUGCGAGCAGUGUGACGGUUUCUGUCGACAACAAACACCCGUCCGGAGAGAUACGGAAAAGUCUUGUGGUGAGUGCGAAUCUGAAGGCAUUUGAGAUUAUUGAGAUCCUAUAAAAAAAAUUGCAGCACGGCGGAAGCGUUGACAUCGGUUUGAACCCGGGAACCAGCAGGACGGCAGUCGGCAGAAUGCCCUCGAUUGCCAAGGACAUCGAGAGCUCUCUACUACGGGGAGACGACUACAGGUACUUGAAAAUGAGCAGUUUAUGCACCCUCGCCAGAUCAAAACGUUCCAGUUUGCGCCGUCAGGAUUUCAUGAACCGAAAAAACGCGUACAGUAUCAUCAAAUGGCUCGACUAUGUGGCUUCGAAACAGGGAGAGACGAACAGUGUUGUCAAGCAGACGAUACGAUUCGAGUUCCAGCACGCCAGUCUGCCAGCUCUGUUCGAAAUACGCAAUCGACUGGAAGUCAGUCUGGGCGGUCUUUACGAGUCGGACAUCCGAGAAAGGGUAUACCUUUGUGGACUGCGUAAACCUACGGAGAUGGACAGUUACGCGGGCGUGUCGUUACGGGAGUCAAGUCUUUCGAUCUUCGGAACGGCAACUCACGAUGCUCGUUUCGAAGUGCUCACGACGGAUCCGUUCCACGCGAUGACCGGGGACUGUGGAGUGGAUGAAUCCCAGUGUCAAGAGGAGUACAUUCUGGUCAGUUGCAUUCACAAUGUAUUCGAAGGGUACGGCGAGAACAUGAUUCGGACGAAAACGCAGGUUGAGGAGAUGAAGCAGAUGUUCAGAAAUCAUCUUCGUAAGUAUUCAGUAAUUCAACAGAAUCCACCGAACUAUGCUCUUUUCAGAUGGCAAGUACAACCCACUCGUGCAAACUCACAUGUACAGUCCGCGACAACGCAUCAUGAUGGCUCAUCUCAAAGGGGAUUUCAUGACCAUAUAUUUCUACAACUACCACAACAACAUACACACGGAAGCCGUUGAUUGUGUGAACAAGAUUGUCGGAUUUCACAACGCAAAGUCUCGAUUGCUCCGAGAGAUUGGUCUUCACAAAAUGGGAAUCACUCAUUUGUCGCCGUUUCACACGGAACCUCAUAACGAAUACGACUACGAGGUGCUUAUUUGGACGGAUCCGACUGCUCUGAUCUCGAAGGAGUUCCCAGGAGAUCACAAACCACCACCGCCAUAUAUGCGGGAGCCGCAAUGCUCAAACAUUUUCUUCCGAAUGUAUCGACAGCCAGAUCUGCAAGUGACUAUGGGACGAACGAAGACUUUAUUCAAAAGUGAUUGCGUCAGGACGAUGCAUUACGAACAGAUGCUCCGUUGGAGGUCAGGGCUCCGGAACAGAAUCGAAUUUGUGAUUAGAUGCGCCAACGCUCACGUCGAGAUGAUGAAAAAGAGCGCGGUUAUCUUCGAAAGGGACUUAUUCCUGUUCAUUCGUCCUCCGAAAGUGGCCAAGAAGUUGGGCCCUCCGCCUACGAAUACCUCGUCGUCUACAUCGGUCAGAUACAGACAUCAUGAAGAUGAUCACACAGAAGACAACGGAUCGAUGACAGAACGGACUUCGAAGAGAGCGUCCGUCUACGGAGAGUCACUCAGAUCGCAGGCCAUCGCAGAAUCCGAGAUAUUCAAAGGAAAAGGAGAGUUUUUGAAGAAAACUGAACUCAAGUUAGACCUUGCCGCUACAAAAUUCCAUGAAAUCCGAACUCCAUUAUUCCUCCGAUCCGACUGGAAUAAAGACGUUCCUCGUCGUGCCGGAAUACUCGUUGAUGAAGUCGUUCGCGAGACGGAUCUUCGUUUGGCACUCGAAGAUUCAUUGAAAGAGUUGCACGAAUUCGUUGAGGUUCAGAAAGCGAAAGCAAAUAAGCAAUUGAUGAAGAGAAAGUACUCUGAAAAAAAUGUGGAAGUGAUCAUUUCGGACGUGACUGUCAAGGAGGUUGAAGGAUUGGGAGACGACGAAGAAGCUGCGGAAGAGGAGGAAGUGUGGUCGGAUGAAGAAUCGGAAGUAGAGGACGAGACACGAGGAGAAGGUUGGGAGAAGAUAGAGGAAUGCGAACAGUCUUCUCGAAGCAAUUCCGAGUCGAAACCAGUGAUAGUCGGAGAUGAGAACUUCCAGAGAACGGUCGGUAUUUCAGAUGAUUCUUCCGGUUCAUCCUCCGUUUUUCAGUUUGGAAAAGUUCGUCGCGCCUGGAUACCGAAUCCACCGACUUCUCCGGCGCCAUUGGAUUCUCGUCACAAUUCGAUUUCCGCCGCUAUUCCAGUUGUGAAACCGUCAGAUUCGGGCCCGAUUGAGAAGAUGUUCAGUUUCACAUUAAACGCUGCGAGUAAAUUGUCCAGAAAGCUCAGCAGAAAGCAACCAGACAAGUAAGAAUUUUCGACGGUUUCAACGGGCUAUUUUGUUGCUUUUCCAGAGAUCAAUCCAUAGACAAAGGCGAAGAAGCGACUGCCGUCACUGCGGAGCCUUUGGAUGCUCCUGAGAAUGCUCUGACGUCGUUCGAGGACCCAGCCAUGGAGGCAGCGGUCUCUCCGAUAAUAUACAAGCACGCGGAAGAGUUCGCCCGCUACUUCACUCGCAAAUACAACUUCAUUCAAUUCAAUGUCGAACAAUUGAAUCGUCGUUCGAGACAUCUGAAUCGGUACACAACCAACAGUAACCUCUUCCAUGAUCUCCCGUACCUCGUCUUCUUCAAAGCCUAUGAUGGCGGCAUCAUUUUUGCUGAUCUGAAAUACGAGAUGCCCGAAUUCGUCGUUUCCUUUCACCUGUUCGAUAGGGCGAAGGCGUCGUCUGCCGACUAUUACAUGAUCCCGGUGAUGGAAGCGUUGUACACGAAAGAGUCUGAAGAAUUGCAUGUGGCAGCCAAUCAAUUAAAGGUAUGCCAAUUUGGACUGAAAUAGUGUAGCUAAUACCGCGAGCCAGUUGCAGGAAAGUGUCUGCUUCAUGACCUUCAACUUCGACUACCACCUCCGUGCUGUCGCUUCGUUCCUCGACUCAAAACUGCAUCAGACUGCGUCCAUAUUCGGCUCUUCUAUAAACGUGUUUCUGCUAAUCGAACGCCUUCUCGAUUACUAUCAGCAUGAUCUCAUUAUUUCGAGCAACUUGGUGGCAAUAAGUGAGUUGGACAGAAAUCGAGAGAGAUACUAAAUGUUCAAUUUCAGAAUACAUCAUUAUGACAACUGAACAGAGCGACGAAACACGAGCCAACGUGCAUAAACAGAGAACAUCCUUCCUUUUAGAACUGGAGGUAUCGGGUUUGCACGUAAACCAGAUUAUUAUGGAAAGUUUCAGAAUGAUAACGUGACAAACAACAGGUACGACGGCACGCCGAUCGAAGAAGCCAUCUGCAAAAUCAGCCAGCGCUAUCUGUACAAAUCAGUAUGAUCUCCGUUUUUAAGCGCACUCAAUAAAAAUGUUUUUCAGCGUUUGCCGGUAACAAUCAUCGAAAUGACAGGUCUGAUCGGAGAGGCGCAAGGAACAAAGCGUUGCCGAGUGGUGCCCUCCAUCAAGCUACAGGUUCACACGGAAGACGUCGACGACGGACAAUUGUGGCUCCCCGCCGACGACCGCCAAUUUGUCAACGAAUUCGAAGGCAAGCAACGACAACUUUUGCUCGAGAACAUGUCGAAAUACGGGCCAGAGCACGUGCCAACGCCGUGGGAAGACAGCUGUGUGCGUCGAACAGUUCGGGAUAUACUUGAAGAAUCUGCCAACUGA